AAAACCAAGAUCAGAUUGUGGUAUGAAAUGAAACUGCGAGCUUUCUAUCUUGAUCUCGACACAACAGGGAGAUAAUCGCAGAGUUGAAGUACACCAGUGAACAGUCGAUCACAGUUUUAGCAACCUCAUUUUUCAAGUGGGUUGACGAAGACCAGAAGCGAAGACUCGCACUGAAGAUUGUGUGAUUGGCCACUCAUGUUUUAUUUCCACUACAUUUCCUGAAAAAUAUUCCAAUCUUUCUAAGUUGAAGCAUUAUAUUCUAAAAAAGAAGAUUUCAGUUUUAUACUGAGGUGGGAUGGGCAAGACCUACGACAAUUGGGAGAGGCUGGUGAAGGCCGUUUCCCGCAGGGAGGAAGACAAGCUAUUAGCCUUGACUAAUUCCGUCUCCACAUCACCAUCUUCAUCUUCCUCCCAACUCAGUUCUUCCUUGAGUUUUCAGUUUGGCCAUCUUGACCUUCGACUAGUUAUUCCAGACACAAGUAGAUUGCCAAUGGAAUAUUCUGAUAUAUCAGUCGAUCGAAAGGACUGGAAGGCGAUGCUGCCACCUGGAAAACGCCAAGUAGUGUGGAGGUCAUCGUAUAUGAGCUUUUCUCUGGACAGGACUGGAAAGAACUGUUUCCUGCUCGGACCUAUGAACCUCAUCAUGUCAUCAAGAGGCUUUGAUGGAUGUUGGAGACUCAAUGAGCAUCCGCAAUCCAGAUUCUCUGAGGUAUAUAAGCUCGAAAAGGCACAGGGCAUCUACAUCGAAGGCAAAAUAAAUUCAAAUUGGUUGUCCUCGGAGAGUUGUUAUGCUGCAUACCUAGUAUUUGGAUUCGCGGAGAUGUAUGCAAACUUGAACUCAGCAGUAUCGAUUGUCAGAAACUUUUACAAUGAAUCAGGUAUAGGGUAUCCGGAGGAGCAAGCCAAGAUGGUGAAGUUUCAAGAAGGAAGUGAGAGAGAUGAUGGGUGGAUGGAAAUACAACUUGGAGAAUUUUAUGUUGAUGCAGGAGAAAAUGGGCAGGUACAAGUGCAGUUGCUCGACACCAGUUGCUGCAUCACGAGUGGCCUCAUCCUCGAAGGCAUUGAGUUUCGACCUUUCUAGUAACUUAUUAAAUCAUACUCAAAUCAUAAUAAUGUCGUCUUCAAACAAUGAAAUGAGUUAUUAGUUAUUACUUCAAGUUUAUAUAUCUUCGAAUUCGAAUUUGCUUGAUAACUAACUAGCUAUCGAAUUUGCUGUCUGCUAGAUCUGUAUGUAAUUAGCAAAGUAAAUUAAAUCGAUUUACCUUCGAACCUGA